GGUAGUGACUCCUCCCCCUCCAUUCUGCCGCUUUAAACACAAUAACCGCCGCUUCUGUGGAGCUGUGAACAAACUGGCUCUCGGUCGACCGGGAUCCUCGUCUAUUCUCCGGUUAACGGGACCCAGAUCUCUCCUGACUGACUGUUGAGUGGAGCUUUUCUGCCAGGCUCUAACCUUUGACCUCAAAGCUGUACAUCCCCCCCACUGGCCCGUCUGUGUCAGGACCUCUGCUGUGGACUGCUCUUCUCUUACUGAGGCUGAGUGGUGGUGUCGAUGAAGAGGAGGACGAGGUGCAGACUUGGCUCAGCUGCACGUGUUGGAGUGUGAAAGGAGGGCAGAGGUCAUCACACCUGCACCAUAUGGAUGCAGGAAGGAUUAUUCCUUGAAAAAAAAAACCAGAUAACUAUUUGAAUUCCUAAACAUUUUCACCAUAAAGCUUUUUCAAUCUUUAAACUACGGUCAUUUGUGUUAUUAUCUUAGGUCUUAAAACCUUUUGACCUUUCUAGAGCUAUGGCAGCCCACUAAUCGGGGAUAUUUUGGAAUAUGUGAACCCAAUUUUUACUGUUCAGAUAUGUGGAACCUAGAGAUCAUAACAAGCUGAAGAUCGUUAAACCGUUAAAGUUUCAAUUGAAGACUUAUUUUCUUAUUCUGGGCCUUAAUCUUUUUGGGCAACAACACUUGUUUUGAGAGUUUUCUUCAUCCUCCUCUCGUCUGGAGGAUAUGGCUCUGUCUCUUUCGAUACGAGAACGGACCGCAGGAAGUUGACUCCUGGAGGGAGCGAGGCUGAGAGACCCAACGGAAGAGAGAGAGAAAGAGAGAGGAGGAGUGAUGUCGUGGAAGAGGAACUACUUUGCGUCCGGUGGCGUUGGGAGCGGAGCUGGUGGUGGCAGCAGUGGCGUUGGUGGUGUUGGGACGAUGAAGCCUCGCACCAUGACUUCCAUCGCUCCCAGUAAAGGGCUGAGCAACGAGCCGGGACAGAACAGCUGCUUCUUGAACAGUGCCCUGCAGGUUCUCUGGCACCUCGAUAUCUUCAGGCGUAGUUUCCGCCAGCUGACGACUCACAAGUGCAUGGAGGACUCAUGCAUUUUCUGCGCUCUGAAGAGCAUCUUCGCUCAGUUUCAGUACAGCAGUGAGAAAGUCUUACCGUCCGAUGCUCUUCGCAGCGCACUCGCCAAAACCUUCCAGGACGAGCAGAGGUUUCAGCUGGGCAUCAUGGACGACGCUGCAGAGUGCUUUGAAAACAUCCUGAUGAGGAUACACUUUCACAUCGCAGACGAGACCAAGGAAGACAUCUGCACAGCGCGACACUGCAUCCCCCACCAGAAGUUUGCAAUGACGCUGUAUGAACAGUGUGUAUGCAGCAGCUGUGGAGCAUCCUCAGACCCUCUGCCUUUCAUACAAAUGGUCCACUACAUCUCCACCACCUCCCUGUGUAACCAGGCAGUGAAGAUGUUGGAGUCGAGGGAGAAAGCAACUCCUGGCAUGUUUGGGGAGCUUCUGAGAAACGCCAGCAUGGGCGACCUGCGCAGCUGUCCGAGUCAGUGUGGCCAGCAGCUCAGGAUGGCUCGUGUCCUCCUCAACAGUCCAGAGAUCAUCACCAUCGGUCUGGUCUGGGACUCUGAUCACUCAGACCUCGCUGAAGACGUCAUACACACUCUGGGAACCUGCCUGCAUCUGGGGGAUUUGUUUUAUAGGGUGACGGAGGAGAAGGCUCGUCAGGCAGAGCUCUACCUGGUGGGCAUGGUGUGUUACUACGGGAAACAUUACUCUACCUUCUUCUUCCAGACGAAGAUUCGAAGAUGGAUGUACUUUGAUGAUGCACACGUCAAGGAGAUCGGUCCCAAGUGGAAGGACGUAGUGUCUCGCUGCAUCAAGGGCCACUACCAGCCUCUGCUGCUGCUCUACGCCGACCCCCGUGGGACUCCAGUGUCAGUGCAGGACCUUCCCCCAAGCUUCGAUCUCCAACAGCUCCACAAGGCUUGUUACGACAGCGAAGAUUCGGGCCGUGAGCAGUCGAUCUCCAGCGACACUCGCACCGAUUCUUCGACGGAGAGCUACUCGUACCGACAGCCCUCCCACUCACACCAUGAGUCCCUGGCCAGUCACUACUCCUCUGACUCCCAAGGAACUGUCAUCUGCAUCGAGCACCCGGACGGACCCUUGCACACCUCGCUCUGCAGCCUGGAUACCUUAGGCCACGCGACGGACAGUGAGCAACACCAAUCUCUGAGGAAGGGAGGCGGGGCCGGGGAUAGGAGGCGGAGCUCUAGCCGCCACCGGCGAUCUAAACAAGACAACGAGGCCUCGUCAGCCGGUUACCACAGCGAGGGUGAGACUUUAAAGGAGCAGAAGGUUCCUCGUAACCUCCCCAAACCUUCCUGUUCCUUCUCAUCCUCAACCAGCCGCCUGCGAGAUUUAAGGGAGACCAUGAGUAACAUCAUCCACAACAGACCCCUCUCCUCCUCCUCCUCCUCCUCUUUACCAGCUGCUGUCCUCGCCGAAAUCACCUCCACGACCAACAACCACCACCACCACCACCCUGCCAGUGCUACUGCUCCAUGCUCCUCCUCCAAUAAACCCCAAGACUGGGGCGACAGCACCAGCAGCGAGUCCAAGUCCAGCUGCUCAGGGGGAGCAGGGUCAGGGAGGUACCGACCAGCAUGGAGGCCACGAAGGGAGGCUCUCAACAUUGACAGUAUCUUUACUCGGGAAAGGCGCAGGCAGGCGGGGUACAGCCCACUUGGAGCCUCCCUUUCAGACGACAGUGGAGCUGCAACCACAGUGGGAGCAGACGCGUCCCUGCCCGGCCAGGCGAGGGUGGCAUCAAUCAGGCCAGGCUCCUCCUGGACUCUACCCACUUCCUCCAGCAGAGGAGCUGGAGACAGACUAGGAGGAGCAGAGCUGCCACCUCCUCCUCCCCCUCCUCCCAGGCUGAUCCAGAGGAUGGAAAGUGGAUACGAGAGCAGUGAGAGGAACAGCAACAGCCCAGUCAGCCUGGACCUGAACCUGGUAGACAGGGAGUGUGUUGUGAAGAAAGCUCCGCCCUCUUCCUCUUCUUCAGGACCGGCAUGGAAGAACUCGAGGUCAAAGAGCAGCGGAGCUCUGCUGCAGGAGCUCAGCUCGUCCAGCAGGGGGAACCUUGCGCCCCCAGCAGGCCGUAGUGAACUGGAUGAGCUGCAGGAAGAGGUGCAGAAGAGAGCAAGGGAAGAGGAGCAGCAGAGACGGCAAGAGAAGGAGAGGGAGGCAGCGCUCGGCUUCAACCCCCGACCCAGCAAGUACCUGGACCUGGACCAGCUGCAGAUCCAGGGUAAAUGUGAUGGCUUUGAGCGAUGUGUGUCAGAGGCGGAGCUUCUACUGGACCAGUCGGUGCGUCUGGAGCAAGCUGGGGAGGUUGCCGCUGCACUGUCAGCUGUCAACGAAGCAGUCUCUAAACUGCAGUUGGUGGCGGCUGAGGGUGGAGCUAGUAGUUUCAGCCGGCUGCAGCGCUGCAUGAGGAGAGCACGCAGUCUGCAGCAACGCAUGCAAAUGCAGCAGCAGCAGGACUCAGAGACAGGGACACAUCAACCAGAGCAACAUGAGGAGGAGGGGCAGCAGCACCAGGAACAGCCCAGUGAAAAGCCUCUCUCGCUCCAAAUACUUCUGACUGAGAGACAGGAGGACCAGUCAUCUGACAGUCUGGAGCAGCAGCCCCGGCCUCUUUCUCCCUGCCUUGUUAAGCCCCUCCCUCCUAGCUCAGUUCCCUCAGACUCAAUCAUCGGGGUUGCUGCAAGUUCAUCCAGGGAAGAGAGCAGAACCAAGGGCCCCUGCUCCCACUUUGGAAAACCGCUCACAAGCACUGGGUCCCUCCCGGCUCUGUGUGUGGACCCUUUGGAGCAGAGCUCUCUUGAGGACUUGGCUCCACCCCCUGCACCUGAGGAUGCGGACCUCCCUGCUAAGUGGACCAGAACACCUCCUGUGUCUAUUCCAACAAGGGAAGCCCCCCAACUCAGGCAGUACUCACAAACCCCAUCACCUGUUGACUCCAAUGACAGGUGUCAUCUGAUGAUGAAGGAGGAGGAAGAGAGUUACAGACACCCUCAGACCACUACCCCCCACAUCGCCAGGCUAGCCCUGCCUCCUUCCACCAAUACAACCAGGAACUGGUCCUGUCUAAGCCCGGACCAUCCUGAUGCCGUUGAUUCCCCUGUUGACCCACCACUCAGCUCACCCCCCUACUCCCCACCAGAGUCCCUCUCAAGUGCCCCCCCACCGACUGUGAGCUGGCCCGGUCUAGCUCCCUCCCUGCCCCCCAGCCAUGACUACAGAGCGGCCCUGCCUGUGGAGCGCUGGGCAGAGAACGUCAACAGAUACUACGGCUCCCAGAAUGCAACAGUAGGAGGGGAAGCAAUGCCAGAUGAGGAGCUUUCAGAGCUGGACUCUCUGUACCAGGCCAGUCUGCUUGCUCCCAGUAUGCCCCGGGGCAGCCGAGGAGUAAGUCCUCAACCGACCAACAACAAACCAGGUGUCCGGAAGAUGCUGUCAGGACUUGGACGUUCCAAAACACCCACGGCUGAGAUCGAGAGAUACGCCUACAGAACACCAGUUACACCUACUCAUAAGCCGCCAGGUGAAGACGAGAACUACAGCGCAGAAAACCUGCGACGCAUCACCCGCAGCCUGAGUGGAACUGUCAUCGGGUCACGACCGCAAAACCUCGGCCCCUCCCGCAGCUGCGACCCCCCUGUUCCCAGACCCCCCCUCAGACAAGCCGACCAUCACUCCUCCUUCUCCUCCUCCUCCCUCCGUCGCCCAAGCACCUCAUCCCUGCACCUUCCCUCCCCCUCCUCCACUACCUCCUCCUCCACCUCCUUUCCAGCAGAUCACUCCCACCACCACCUCCAACAUCACCCACCCCGACAUCACGGCCCCUCAGCUCCCGCACCUCCUCCACAGCACCCUCUCAUGCAGACAUCACGACCCCCAAGCUCGGGGCUCUCCUCCUGGGGACACUCAGGACCUGGAUCAGGAGUCCAGCAGCAGUUUCUGGCUGUGUCUGACAGGCAUCAGGCUCUCUCGGGUCAAAGCCUCCACAGUGUCGCGAUGAGUUACGGCACUCUGCCCCGGGCUCCUCGCCGAGCUCUGCCUCCCUCCUCCACCUCCUCCCUGCCCCGACCACGUGCUAGCUCCGGUCCUCCCCCCCCUACAGGUCCACAGAGUCUCUACGCUACCCUGUCUCACCCUCGCCGCUCUGCCAACACCAACGGUCACUACAGGCAACCGUCGCUGCCCAAUCCGGUCAACGGGUCCUCCUGCUACGCUCCACAUCCCCACAGGGUGCAUGGAGAGGGCCCCCCCCAGCCACUCCGCCUCGACAUGCCCCCUGAGACUGACUGGCGCAGGGAGGCAGACUACAGGACUGUCCAACCUAGUUCAUCAUGGGACCCCCGCACUGCUCGCCACCACCAGCCCCUCCAUCGCACCAGCUCCCAUCAGCCCCCCACUACCCGGCCCCUCAGAGACCCCCACUUCUGCUCACUGUGCCAGCAGCUUCCUGCUGAGCCGUCACGCCCCUACUGCAAGUCCUGCGGCGCUUAUGUGUCUCGGUUCCGCCCUGCCAGCUGAUCAUGACCCCCCCCCCCCCCUGCAGAUCCCAGAGAACAAGAGUUUUGUAUCCAUCAUAACAAAAGGGUUAAAGUUUCUGUUCUGUAUCUUUGUGCCAACACGUCAUUUUAACCCCUCUGGCUGUGAAGCCCCGCCCCCUUGUUGUUAGUGGAGAUCUCUCUGUGGAGUUAAGCUCUCUGAUUGAUCUGCAGCUUCAUCAGGGGAACAAAACUUUCUCUAAAACUUUCUAAGUUUCAGUUAUUCAGUUUAGUUUCCACCACAAGAAGCAGUCGCCUGAAGUGCAGCUAAGACUCUACAUGGCCCGCCUGCUCUUCCAGGCUCUGGACCCCUCACCUACACACACACACACACACACACACACACACACACACACACACACACACACACACACACACACACACACACACACACACAUAUAGGCAGGGUCUAAAUAAACAAUUUAAGAGAGAGAGCGAUCUAUAUACAGAAACCGUUGAUGAAUGUCUGCUGGAUUAAAGCACAUUUAGAUUUAUAAUGGAGACAAAGCACCAGAACACAGACGCUGAUCGUGACACAAACAGCUGGUGAACUGAGAGCAGAUCAUAGUGACCUGCUGUCUGUUCAGCUGUGCACCCUCAGUCUGAUCAAACUACAGACACAUGGAGGCAUAAACACGUGUUUUAAACAGGAGAAUCAUGAUUAUUUAGUCAAACAUUUGAAAGUUCAAGCUUCUUUUAAUAAAGUCAGUAAACUGAAUAUUUUUUCAUGCUGGACGGUUGGUUGGACAAAAGGACACUUAUCAGAAUGUCAUCUGUAAUUGAUCCUUUCUUUCUAUAGUUUAACAUGCCAAAAAUGAAUCUCUUGAUAGAGAAUCAACCAGUUGCUGCAGCUUUGCCUCAAAUUGUGUAGCUUAUUCUUCUUUGUUGUGUGUAGUUUUUCUUUCAACCAACAGUCCAGAUCACUGAACAUAUUCAGUUUGCUGUCAUAGAAAACGAGUGUAGGGAUCAUGUUUUAGUGAGAUAAUGACUCUGAAGUUAUGAUCAGAAAGGUUGCCGAUUAGUUUUGCAGUUCAACACUGACAUGUGAUGUGUCUGUUAUUUGAUCUGAAGGUGUGAAGUUGAACAGACGCCAUGUUUCAGCACCACAGGUAUAAAAUAUAUCUUAAAACAGUGAUAACAUGUUUAUUAUAUCUAUGAGCUACAGAAGAUCUAAACAGGCAAUGAAGGACGUUAAAGACACGGCAGGAAGCAGAAAAGCUCUUUCUUCAGUGUCUUUCUAUAUAAAACUACUCUACUUAUUCCUCUAUUUAUUUUUGUAGGUUUGUUGACUGAGUCGUGCAUAUAUUAACAAACUAUUCUACCUGCCUAACCUGAAUAUACUCUCUAUAGACCUCAUCUACUUUUCUAAAGCUAGUUAGUUGCCUGGUUUGGGAUGUGAAGCCUUCUUGUACUCGUUAGAGGAUUUUAGAUGAAUAACUCGAGCUUUAUUUUGACAGAGUUGCAGCUAAUAUUCAGCAUGAUGUUUUCAAACGUAUUCUAGCCUUGAGAGAAUAACUCGACUGUAAUGUAAUGAUUAUAUAUGCAGAUCUUUUUAGUGCAGCGACUCGGCUGCAUGUAACUCGACUUUAGUGCACUUCAGAAGUGUUGACGGUAGAUUUGUUUUUCUGCUUGUUGCUCGUUUUGUUUUGACAUCUCGCCCGUUGUUCAGGGAGACGCCUCUUCUUAUGUUUCUGUACUCUUAAGUUUGGUUUGUAAAUCAUGAAGGAACAGGUUAAAAAGCAGAACCCUGUUUGAUAACAGGUUUAGUUUAAACUGUCGCACUGCCAAGAACCCACCCGGCUUACCUGGUGGUAAAGGUGAGCUAAACAAUCUCACCCACGUCUGGUCUGCUAGCAUUAUUAAUAUCAUGAUAUAAUUAUAAAGUAUCAUUUAGCCACUUAAGAUUCAAUCAUGCUGUUGCUCCAAACUUCCCCCUGCUCUUUGACUAACAAAAUAUUAUCUUUUCAGAAUAAAAGCUCAGAUCAGACCAGAUUUAUUAUAUUAAUUGUAUUGAUCCAUUUGAAGGCUGAACAUUCAUUCACAUGAAGAGAAGGUAUUUUUCAACAUGUUAAAGUUAUUUUUGUUGUUGCUUUGCCAGAUUUUAUUUUCUUGAUUUUGGUAUAUUUUUGAUGCUUAUUUUUCUACACUGUAGACCUAACAGAGAAGAUAUGAUGAUUAAAAGGUAUAAAGGAA